UGCGUGCGUAGCUUGAGGGGUCACGUCAAGAGCGUCGAGGCUGAAGUCAACACGAAGGAGAGAGUUGGACCAAAACUUUACUUAAAGUAGAAAAAAAAAGAAACAAAACUUUAAAAACAGUUUUCUGUGUUUUAACCCCUGGUGUAUAGCUAAAUAUGAUAAUGUCCCUUUAUAUUUCUGCUCGUGGAGCUCCAGCUGGAGGAGAGAAUUCAGCCCCCAGAGAGUCGAGGAGACACCGGAGAGAGGCUGCAUUUAAAACCCGCCCUCCGGCUGCCUCUCAUCCUCCCCCCUUUAAACAAAAAUCCUCCCAUUUUCUCUCUCACUGUGCCUCUCUCCCCUCUCUCUGUCUGUCUUUCUGUCCCUCUCUCUCUCUUCCUUUACCUUUAUCCCUUUCGCUCUCCCCCCCCCCCAAGCCACAAACAUGGAUCUGUCGGCGAGCUCUUUGCUUCUUCUAUCAUGUCUCCUCGGUGUGGUUCUGGCGCUGGAUUUGGAGGCUGUGGAUCCGGGCUACUACGUGGAGUCCGCUGCCACAUCAGAGGCGAUCGACUACAAGGAUCCCUGUAAAGCUGCUGCCUUUCUGGGAGACAUUGCUUUGGAUGAAGAGGAUCUGAAAUCCUUUAAAGUGGACAGAAUAAUAGAUUUGGCUCAGAGAACCGUGCAGACCCUUAAUCACACAGAAACAGGAUCGGCCAAUCAGAACAGAGCAGGUUCACAGCGCAGGAAAAGAGCUGCCACCUCCAGACCUGAACGCGUUUGGCCUGAAGGUGUCAUCCCUUAUGUCAUCAGUGGUAACUUUAGUGGCAGCCAGCGGGCGAUAUUCCGCCAAGCCAUGCGGCACUGGGAGAAGCACACCUGUGUGACCUUUAUAGAGAGGACCCAGGAGGAGAGCUACAUUGUCUUCACCUACCGUCCGUGUGGGUGCUGCUCCUACGUGGGCCGCCGCGGAGGGGGUCCCCAGGCCAUAUCCAUCGGCAAAAACUGUGACAAGUUUGGUAUUGUGGUGCACGAGCUGGGCCACGUGAUCGGUUUCUGGCACGAGCACACGAGGCCCGAUCGAGACGAGCACGUCAGCAUCAUCAGGGACAACAUUCAGCCAGGACAAGAAUAUAACUUUUUGAAGAUGGAACCGGGGGAGGUGGACUCUCUGGGAGAAAUCUACGACUUUGAUAGCAUCAUGCAUUACGCUCGAAACACGUUUUCCAGAGGCAUCUUCCUGGACACCAUCCUGCCACGUUACGACGUGAACGGAGUGCGACCACCCAUCGGCCAGAGAACCCGACUCAGCAAAGGGGAUAUUGCACAGGCACGCAAACUCUACAAAUGCUCCAAGUGCGGGGACAGUCUGCAGGACAGCAACGGGAAUUUCUCCUCUCCCGGCUUCCCAAACGGAUACUCGGCCUACAUGCACUGCAUCUGGAGAAUAUCAGUCACACCCGGGGAAAAGAUCAUUUUGAACUUCACCUCCAUGGAUCUGUACAGGAGUCACUUGUGUUGGUACGACCAUGUGGAGAUCAGAGAUGGCUACUGGAGGAAAGCACCUCUCAAAGGUCGCUUCUGCGGCGAUAAGCUGCCCGAGCCCAUCAUCUCCACCGACAGCCGGCUGUGGAUCGAGUUUCGCAGCAGCAGUAACUGGGUGGGCAAAGGUUUCUCCGCCGUUUACGAGGCCAUCUGUGGUGGCGAGGUGAAGAAGGACAACGGCCAGAUUCAGUCCCCCAACUACCCCGACGACUACAGGCCCAACAAAGUCUGUAUAUGGAAGGUUUCUGUCAGUCAGGGCUUUCAUGUGGGCCUGACUUUCCAGUCUUUUGAGAUUGAGAGACAUGACAGCUGUGCGUACGACUACCUAGAGGUGCGCGAUGGGAUCUCUGAAAACAGCCCUCUGCUGGGCCGCUUCUGCGGCUACGACAAGCCAGACGACAUUAAGACGAGCUCCAACCAUCUGUGGAUGAAAUUUGUUUCAGAUGGCUCCGUCAAUAAGGCCGGCUUUGCUGCCAAUUUCUUCAAAGAGACGGACGAGUGCUCCAAUCCAGACAACGGUCGCUGUGAGCAACGCUGUGUAAACACGCUGGGCAGCUACAAGUGCGCUUGUGACCCAGGCUAUGAGCUGGCUGCUGACAAGCGCAGCUGUGAGGCCGCCUGUGGAGGCUUCAUCACCAAACUGAACGGCUCUAUCACCAGUCCAGGGUGGCCCAGAGAGUACCCCCCAAACAAGAACUGCAUCUGGCAGCUGGUGGCCCCCACGCAGUACCGCAUCACUCUGCUCUUUGACGUCUUCGAGACUGAGGGCAACGACGUUUGUAAGUACGACUACGUCGAGGUGCGCAGCGGGCUCUCGGCCGACUCGCGGCUGCACGGGAAGUUCUGUGGAGCAGAGAAACCCGAGGCCAUCACGUCUCAGUACAACAACAUGCGCAUCGAGUUCAAAUCGGACAACACGGUGUCCAAAAAGGGUUUCAAAGCACAGUUCUUCUCAGACAAAGACGAGUGCUCGAAGGAGAACGGUGGCUGCCAGCACGAGUGUGUCAACACCUUUGGGAGCUACAGCUGUCAGUGUAGGAGUGGUUUUGUGCUGCACGAGAAUAAACACGACUGUAAAGAAGCGGGCUGUGAUCACACGGUGAACAGUGUGAACGGCGUCAUCACCAGUCCCAACUGGCCGGACAAGUAUCCCAGUAAGAAAGCGUGCACCUGGGCUCUCACCACGACUCCAGGCCACCGCAUCAAAAUCGCCUUCAAUGAGAUCGACAUGGAGUCCCACCUUGAAUGUGCCUACGACCACAUAGAGAUUUACGACGGACGCGAUGGAAAAGCGCCCUCGCUGGGUCGCUUCUGUGGCUCCAAGAAACCCCCGCCGAUCGUAUCCAGCAGCAACAAGCUGUUCGUUCGCUUUUUCUCCGACAACUCUGUGCAGAAAAAGGGCUUCGAGGCUUCGCAUUCAGCUGAGUGUGGAGGUCGACUAAAGGCCGAAGUCAAAACCAAGGACCUGUUCUCCCACGCCCAGUUUGGGGACAACAACUAUCCGGGAGCGUCCGACUGUCAGUGGGUGAUUUCAGCAGAAAAAGGCUACGGUGUGGAGCUCAUCUUCCAGACGUUUGAGAUCGAGGAGGAGGCAGACUGCGGCUACGACUACAUGGAGCUGUUUGACGGGGCCGACACAAAGUCUCCACGGCUCGGACGUUACUGUGGCUCGGGGCCCCCAGAGGAGAUCUACUCGGCCGGUGACUCCAUUGUGAUCAAGUUCCACUCUGACGACACCAUCAACAAAAAAGGUUUUCAUGUCCGCUACACCAGCACCAAGUUCCAGGACACGCUGCACUCACGCAAGUGACUAGCGGUGGCCAGAAGGGGCCGCGCGGGGCACAGGGUCAGUCGGAGGUGCCACCAAGGGAGGUGCUCGACUGACACCCGGCAGCCUCCGGUCACCACGAAGAAUUAGACACAACAGAGUAGCCGCAAAACCACCAACCGCACCUCAGCUCCCAGGGGCUCCAGCUCCCCCCCACAGACUGUGAGGAGUAAAGCCAUUCUGCAGUACACCUUGUUUUUACCUUUUUAUGGUUAGGAGCGGGGUGAACAUGAUUGUCCUCUUUAGUCAGACAGUGUGGGGAAAUGUAUUGACCCAGUCCCCUUUAAUUUUCUUUUUCUUAAUUUUUUUUUUUUAUGUGCCUCCUAAUGAGAGGCGAAAAUAAAGGAAAUACAGUGGAUUCUCAGGACCUGUAGGAAGGCAGGCAUCAGCUGGACAGACCCCUGCUUUUGUCAGGCCAGCCCACCACAUCCAAGGGGGGAGGAGAGGAAGAGGAGGAUGGAAACAUCUCCUGCGCUCCUCACUAAUUACCCUCCUCGUCCUCGUACUCUCAUCCCUACGGUUCAAGGAUUUCUGUCUGUAAGAGGAUUAAAAAGGACUCGACUUGAGAUUUUGAAACUGUAUGUCAGUCAAUUGCAUGUAAUUACAAGGAAAGGAGGAAAACUACAGUGACAACACCAGCAUUUGUAAUUGGCAUUGUCCUGGCAAGCAGUGGCAAGAUUCUCACUGUUACCAUUAACAAGGAAAUUAAGGAAGCAGUUAUCUUAUUAAAGGACUAAUAAAUGGGGUCCACGUCUUCUGGUUGGUAAUCACUUGCCUGAUGACUGGCUAUUACUGUACCUCCAUGUAUAAAGUAUUGUUGAUUUUUUUUUUUUGUUUUCCAAAGGGAACAUGUGCUUUUUUUUCUCAGCUUGAACCAGUUAGCACUUUACAGUGAAUUGUUCCAAAAUCCUGAGCUUAUAAAACUUUGUGAAAUGCAAUGCCAGUUCACUUAUUUUUAAAUGCUUUUUAUCUCUUCUUAUUCUCCUGUUUUUAAUUCAUUGCUCCAUCUAGUUCCUCAGGCAUACUUGAACAUUGUGUGUGCCCUGUAACAUGGGGUGAAAUAAAAAGAUGACCUAUGUUUCAGUGUUGUUUUACAGUUCUGAUGUAAAGUAAAUUUUCUCCUGAGGAUGAGAAAAAAAAAAACAAUGCCUUUUCCUGGGACAAUGAAGUAUUCUCAAGAACCAAAUGAGCCUGGGUAUUUAUUGUUCUAGUGAUAACAUAAUGUUAAAGGUGAAAAGGUACUGUUGAAUUUAGCCCUAUAGUUGCCUUCUAAUGUAUAGCCACUGGUCUAUGUUGAAUAUACUUUGUUGCUCACUCUCUCUUUCUCUCCAUUUAUUUGUCAUUCAACAGCAUAUUUUUUUGUAUUUUCUGCAGUUUGAUACACUUGUUUCAUGCCUGAGCUUUAUUCAGAGGACCAGUUUAGACCUGCACUAAACAUUUGUGGCCAGAUUAAUGAGACAACAUAAUGGAAGUGUGCUGAGUCAGGAGAGGAGGUGGCAGAACUUAAAUAGAAACCUGACAAGCAAACAGGGAAAAAUAAAGUUUGUAGGGAUAGUUUACAAUUUUAAAGUGAGGCUUUGUGGAAAGGUUAUGAGCAGGAAGUAUGUUACCUGUUGAAGAUUUAGCUCUUCGAAUGGUCUCAGGUUUGUAAGAUUGAUUUUUUUUUUUUUACAAAACAGCUAGUUUCAAACUGGAUUGCUGCUGUUGAAUGUGAGAAUUUUCAUUUUCUAAAUCUUAAAUUUUACAUCACUUGGUUUAUCUAUAGCGUUUUAUGGAUAUUUACAAGAACAAAUAGCAGCUCAGCUAACUGUUGCAACUCCAGUGCAGCUGGGGAAUAUAGCAUUUCAACUGGAAAAUCGCUGUUACGCAAACAUGACAGUGGCUUAAAAGUUACCAUCAAGGAAAAAAAUUGAUCCAGUGCAGUGCAACAUUUUAGAGACUGGAGGCAUUUUAAAACAGCAGCACUUUAGUUUCAGUCGGCUCAUAUUAGCUGCUAGCUUGUCAGCCAGGACAAAAUUAAACUGUUUAUUCAAACUGAGGUUGUUCAAAGUAUGGAACAAGUUCUGACUUUUCUCAGAAUUCUAAGAUUAAAGUCAGAAUUCUGAGUUCUAAGAAAAGUCAGAACUCAGGAAAAAAUGUUUUUGUUGCUCUGUAGUCCUUAAUCCUCUUCCGUAUAAAAGAGCCAUCUGCAACAAGCAACAUAUUGUUUAAAACCCUUUCCACAGAGCCCCACUUCAAAAGAGCAGAUAUCCUCUUCAAUAGCUCUUAUGUGGGAUUCACGGUUCAUAAAAGAAGUUUGUCAUUUCAGACUGCAAUAGAGGUGCUCUUCUUUUACUAAUCUGAGUGUUUCCUUCUCUUUCACUCAUGAUAUUCAGUGGGAAUGCACAUGUUGCCGCAUGUUUUCAUAAAAACAAAGAGUGGAGCUGUGCUGCACAGCAAACUGAUGAAAAGCUGAAACUGGUGCCUCAACGUGUUCUGCUGACUGUAACAAGGCUCCUCGCUGGGUGGGAAGGUUUGAGUCAAGGUUUAAGGACUGUUUUACAUUUAUGAAGAUUCCCUCUUUGUUGCCUUUUUAGACUAAUAAUUUGAAUAAAUCUUGCACAUCACCU